AUGAGCUUUAGUGAUAUACUGCAGCAAGACCAUUGGUAUGUAGCUGAUUCGGACUCUGAGGAUGUGUUGGCAAGAGAGAAGGAAGAAGAUGAUGAGAUAGACGAUGAGAAAGAGGACCCAAAAUGCCCGACAAUUCCUUUUACCGCAGCGGAAAAGUCUAGGUGGCGCCGAGAGUGGCGUUCGGCACUGGUGGUGAAGGGUUUGGGAAGAAGAGUUUCCUACAUUACGUUGGCACGCCGACUGAAUGCAAUAUGGGCUAGACAUGGAGACUUACAGAUUUCGGACAUGAGGAACGGAUGUUUUUUAGUACGUUUCCGUAGCCAGAAGGACUAUGAAUGGGCGACGAUGGGUGGACCAUGGCUACUGGGAGAUACCUACUUGACGGUUCAUAGAUGGUUUAAGGGUUUUAACCCGUGGAAAACUGUGGUCACAUCAACAAUGGUGUGGGCUCAAUUACCUAAGCUGCCGAUUGAGUUCAUUAAUAAAGAAGCUGUGAUGAAGAUUGCGGAACGGCUGGGAAGACCGGUACGAGUGGAUAGAGCGACUGAACUAGGUGCCCGAGGAAAGUAUGCUAGGGUAUGUGUUGAAGUUGACCUAACGCAGCCGCUACUAUCACAAUUUAAGAUAGAGGGAGUCACAUACCUGGUCCAAUAUGAGGGCUUGGAUGAUCUCUGUACCUGUUGUGGGACGUACGGGAAAACGGCCGGGACAUGUCAAUGUGCAAAGCUGAUUAAUGAAAUGGAUAUGGAAGGUAACAGGGAAGUGGAACCGGAGGUAAGGGAGGAUCCCACGCAGGGACGAACAUAUGGUGACUGGAUGGUUGUCAAACGGAGGGGGCGAGGAUUUGAUCGGAGGAAGGAGGAGGAAAGGGGAACAAAGAAAGAUGAGUCAGGCACAAAUAGAUUCCAGAAGUUGGCAACGGAGACGACCCGAACUGUGAGUGGGGAAGCUGAGAAGGAGGCCGAUAAGGGAAACAAUGGAAGGGAAGAAGAGAGUGUGGAGAGAGAAGAACAUGAGUUACGUGACCAGUCCCAUGCAGAUACACAUGCAACGCAGGCUCAGGUGGGAAUUCAGAUCCAAAGCUCCCCAAAUGUGAUGACGUCAAGCAAGCAAGCUAUAGGGGCAAAGGAGGGAUCUGGGGGCCGAAAGGGUCCUGAGGUGAGAAAGGGGCAGGGUGUUCAGGUCCAACAUGGGAGUAUGGGGAAGUCCAAAGGUAAAAGUGAUGAUGGAAAGAAGAUGGAACAGAAGAAGGGAGAGAGUAACACAGGUCUAGGAAGCCGAAAGGAUUCUAGUGGGGAAAAUACACAAAGAGCUUAUGGUGCGGGGAACCGAUCCCCUUCGGUUGUUAAAUGA